GCGCUCGCGGGCAGUCGGCGCGCGGGCCGGGCCGGCGUCCCCUCAGCCUCGCUCGCCCGCCCGCCCGCGUCGCCCCGGGGCCCGGGGGAUGCCCCGGACCGGGCGCUCCCAUGGCGGCCGACGUCUUCAUGUGCUCCCCGCGCCGGCCUAGCAGCCGGGGCCGCCCGGUGCUGCUCAAACCCCCGGUGCCUGAGGACGACGACGACUCGGACACGGAUGAGCCGUCCCCGCCGCCCGCCUCCGGAGCGGCCACCGCGGCCCGGGCCCACGCGAGCGCCGCGCCGCCGCCGCCCUGGGCCGGGCCGGGCCGCGAGGAGCCGCCGCGCCGCCAGCAGAUCAUCCACAGCGGCCACUUCAUGGUGUCGUCGCCGCACCGCGAGCACCCGCCCAAGAAGGGCUACGAUUUCGACACGGUCAACAAGCAGACGUGCCAGACCUACAGCUUCGGCAAGACCAGCUCCUGCCACCUGUCCAUCGACGCCUCGCUCACCAAGCUCUUCGAGUGCAUGACCCUGGCCUACAGUGGGAAGUUGGUGUCUCCAAAGUGGAAGAAUUUCAAGGGCCUGAAGCUCCAGUGGAGAGACAAGAUCCGGCUCAAUAACGCCAUCUGGCGGGCGUGGUACAUGCAGUAUUUGGAGAAGCGCAAAAAUCCCGUAUGCCACUUCGUCACUCCACUAGACGGCUCUGUGGAAGUGGAUGAGCAUCGCCGGCCCGAGGCCAUCACCACAGAAGGGAAGUACUGGAAAAGCCGCAUUGAGAUCGUGAUCCGGGAAUAUCACAAGUGGAGAACCUACUUCAAGAAAAGGUUACAGCAGCACAAGGAUGAGGACCUCUCCAGCCUGGCCCAGGAAGAUGACAUGCUUUAUUGGCACAAACAUCGGGAUGGAUGGAAGACCCCAGUCCCAAUGGAGGAGGACCCACUGCUGGACACAGACAUGCUCAUGUCAGAAUUCAGCGACACACUUUUUUCCACACUCUCCUCACACCCACCGGUGGCCUGGCCCAACCCACGGGAAAUAGCACAUCUGGGAAAUGCAGACAUGAUUCAGCCGGGGCUGAUUCCUUUGCAGCCCAAUCUGGACUUCAUGGACACUUUUGAACCUUUCCAAGAACUCUUCUCUUCCAGCCGCUCCAUUUUUGGCUCCAUGCUGUCUGCACCUGCCUCAACAUCUGCACCAGAUCCCAACAGCCCACCUGCUCAGGAGAGCAUCCUGCCCACCACCUCUCUCCCCACCGUGAGCCUCCCUGACAGUCUCAUCGCAUCCCCCGCAGCCACUGCCCUGGACUCCACAGAUAGGCCGGGCUGUGAACGCACUUCCCAGCCUGAGGAUCCCUUUAUCCAGCCCGCAGACUUUGGUCCCUCGGCGCCCCCACUGAGUGUCCCACAGCCUUUCCUCCCCGUGUUCACCAUGCCUGUGCUCUCGCCCAGCCCCACCCCAGUGCCGGCUCCUCCUGCUGUGCCACUAGUCCCUCCUGCCACCCCCCUGAACCCCCCAACCCCACCCACCUUCCUGCAGCCACAGAAGUUUUCUGGAGCCAACAAGUCCCCCGCUGUCAUUACCCACACUGCUUCCACCACUCUCACGCACGACGCCUCUGCCACCACCUUCAGCCAGAGCCAGGGCCUUAUCAUCACCACUCGCCACCCCACCCCCUCAGCAUCCCCCUGUGGCCUGGCACUGUCUCCGGCCACCCAGCAGCCAGCUGUUGGGCCUCUGCAACCCCGUUUAACUUUUGUGCAUCCCAAACCUGUAUCCUUGGCUGGAGGGAGGCCCAAGCAGCCCCCCAAAAUAGUGCCUGCUCCCAAACCAGAGCCCAUGUCCUUGGUAUUGAAGAAUGCUUGCAUUGCCCAAGGUCUCCAUGGCUUGGGGCCUCCCCCUCACCUUCUUGUUCUGGCAGCUGCCUUCUCAGGACGGCCACAAGCAGUGAUCAUGACAGGCCCUCUGAAGAGAGAAGGGAUGUUGGCUUCAACCGUGUCCCAGUCCAAUGUGGUCAUCACGCCUGCUCCCAUCGCCAGGGCUCCUGGAGUCACAGAGUUCCACAGCAGCAUCCUGGUGACAGACCUGGGCCACGUCACAAGCAGCCAGCCUGGCCCCAUCUCCCGGCUCUUCUCUGCAAGCUCAGUGCAAGACUCCCUAGUGAAGGGCGAGCAGGCCCCACUGCACGGGGGCAGUCCCCAGGGUGCUGUCGCGGGUUCUGGUCGGGAUGGCCCAAACUCCGGGCAGGCCUCUCCGUGUGCUUCAGAACACAGCCCCAGUCCUCAGUCUCCCCAGAACAACUACUCAGGGAAAUACUCUGCAGAUUCCAAAAAUGUGGUUGUGUUAAAGAACCGGCAGAUGAAGCACAUUUCAGCCGAGCAGAAGAGGCGCUUCAACAUCAAGAUGGGCUUUGACACCCUGAACAGUUUGAUCUCUAAUAACUCCAAGCUGACCAGCCAUGCCAUCACGCUGCAGAAGACAGUGGAGUACAUCACCAAGCUGCAGCAGGAGCGCAGCCAGAUGCAGGAGGAGGCGCGGCGACUGCGGGACGAGAUUGAGGAGCUCAACGCCACCAUCAUCUCCUGCCAGCAGCUGCUCCCUGCCACAGGAGUCCCCGUCACCCGGCGCCAGUUUGAUCACAUGACAGACAUGUUUGAUGAGUAUGUGAAGAGCCGGACCUUGCAGAAUUGGAAGUUCUGGAUUUAUCAUCAUCAAGCCGCUAUUCGAGUCCUUCAAGGGGAUGGUGUCCACCAGCAGCCUGGAAGAACUGCACCGGACGGCACUGUCCUGGCUGGACCAGCGCUGCUCCUUGCCCAAACUCAGGCCAAUGGUGCUGAGCACCCUCCGGCAUCUGAGCACCACCACCUCCAUUCUGACAGACCCGUCCCAGCUGCCAGAGCAGGCCGCGGAGGCUGUCACCAGACGUGGCAAGAGGUCGGGGGAGUCUUAGUGCUUAGCCGGCACGUGCCGCACAAGAUGCCAGAAGACCCUUCCCUGCCUGUGGAGAGGAGGCUGCAUCCCACACCUCUCCUGACGCAGAGCCUCAGGGCCUCCCUCCAACUCUGCCAGCCCCCUGGGCCGCUCGAAUGCCACGCUCAGGUCUGAAGCAGGUUCGGGUCCUGCCAACAGCAGUAGUCCAUCCUUGGGAGCUCCUUGCUGUCAACUCUCACUCAUCGACCUCAGUCACAACCUCUGCUGCCCUCAGGGCAGCCCAGACAGGGAAACACCACAGUUCAUUCCUGUCCUGCUGGUCUGCCAGGCCCACGGAAGUAGGUGGGCCCGAGGAGGCAACACCUGCUCCUGGAAUUAGAAAACGAACAGGUCCCUGCCCAGUCCCUGUCUGUUGCAUCCUGGCGGUCGUCUCUGGAUGAUUACCUGCUGCUCUGGCCCGCCCUGGGGCGGCAGGAAGACAUUUUCCUUCCUCCCCCAGACUCUGACCUGUAGACAGGCUUGGACAGCUGCUCAGGCUUUCACAUGGCCAGCUGCCUGGGAAACCCCGGACUCACAUGUGCAAAAGCAGAGGGUGUGAAUGCACGUGGACAGAAAGGAAAGCACAAAAAAUGCAAAGCUCCAGCUCGGAGACCCUCCUGGGUGGCCUGUGACCUGUUCUGAUUUGGCUCCACUUGCGUGGCGGGCAGCACCCCCAGCAUCGCUGAUGGGAAUGGUAGUGUGGACUUGGUCCAAGAUUUUGCCAGGCGUGAGCUCUCAGAGUGAUCUUUCCACCCUGUUCUCCACCGGCUUUCACACUCAGCCUCGGACGCGCCAGCAGUGGCCCUUCGGGUGCAGCAUUCAAAAAGCCAGGCUCCAGGGUGCUUCCACCAGCCUGGUCAUCUUGUCUGCAUUGUUCACCCGGGAGCCUCAAACUGGAAUGGUUCUCGGGCCAAAGAGGUCACCACACCCAAAGGCUGUCCAGUCCUGUUUGGAGGAAGAAAUGGAAUGUCGACAGGCGGAAUUCCUGGCCAGCCUCAGCUGUCCAGACAUCGCCCAGAUCCAAUAGUAAAGAAUUGCACUGAGUUGAUAGGUGGGGGGUCCCUAGGGCACCGGGUUGUUUCCAGGUAUGGGGAUUACAGCGAAGGGUCCAGAGGAAGGCAUGGCAGGAGGCUGGUCUGGGCCAGUCCUCGCUGUGUCUGCAGGAGUAGCUGUGGGUGAAGGGCGCUCUAACACCCAGGAAGCCUAGCCCGGCCAAAGGCACCUUCUUGUUGAAAGAAUGUGUUUUUAUCGUCCUGCUGUGAAGUUCAGAGGGGCCCGCUGUCUCUCCUCCCACCAGAGAUGGAGUGGACAGUGCUGGGCAGGCCAGGAGAGCUGGGUGGGCUUUGAGGAGGCCCAGGAGCCAUGUGAGGGGGACCACGGCUACCUCCUGAGGUUGUGAUCCACUAGGAGGCUCCCCCUGGUUCCUGGAAGGCUGAGGAAGGUGCUCAGAGGGUGGCCAGCCCUGCCUCAGCCUUGGGUGGUGAGGCUGGAUGGGGGUUCUUCCCCAUGUUGCCGUCCGCACCAGCACCUCUGCUGCAGAUCACUAACCUGUCACCUGCCCCCUGGUCUAUGCUUCCACCCCCUCGGCCUCCCCAGAACACGUGUUUACAGGCCUCUGGAUCCCUCUCCUGAGAGGCAAGCACAAGAUGAGGCUAGGCUGGUUCCUCAUUUCCAUGGGAUGUGGUAAGAGAACCAUCGUUACCCCCAGGUAAACAUGAAGCCCCCUUCAAAAGGGGAAGACCACCGUGGUAAGGGCUCCCUUAGGGCCAAAGGGGAAAAGGAAAACACGAAACGUUCGCAGCUGUUAGGGCUCAUGGAGGGGCGUGAGCUCGGCCCCUCCACAGAUCUGUGCCUUCAUAAACCACGUGGGUGGCCGCAGUGCUUGGCCCAGCCUAGACCUCUCCUAAAUCUGUAGCUUUCUCCCCACCCCUUGCUGGGAGUCCUUUUUUUAAAACAAAUUCAGAUAUAAAAUGGGCCUCUUGCUUCGUUGGCCUACCUCUCUCCAUUUCUCCCUUUUGCUGAUGUAAUGAUCAGAUUCUGUUUUGGUAGCUGUUCAAGGCUGUUAGGCUAUGUGUGACUUCGAAGGGUGUGUGUCUGUGUGGCAUGAUUUUGUUUGAGGUAUUUCCUUAAAUCCAUUUCUCUUGGUGCUCACGAUUACCGUGGCUGUAGGGCCACAAAGCUGUUUCUCUUACUGCAGACACACUGUUGCUAGUCCUCCAGGUUUUCUUGUUCUUGAAUCUUGCCUGAUGAAUCUGGCCAGCACAAGGGCCUCUCAACCUCUAUCCUUGGGUCCCGGCCACCGGCCAGGGCAUGGGGAAGCUGAGGCAGUCUGCCAACGGCCUCCAGUAGAUGCUGACCACGGGGCUGUGGUUUGUUUACACUUAUAUCACUCCAACUCCCAUAAAAGAGACUUAAAAAUGCUGACACUUAGGAGAAUGAGAAAAUCAAUCUGAAAAGGGGAAAAAAAUCCUGUCUGGUACAUUCAUUUCUGCAAGUAUUUCUGUGAAAUCUUUCUGUGCCAUCAGCUCCCUGCACCGCUCUUUCCUCUUUCACAAUGAGUGGGGAUGCAGGGACAGAGCAGAGGCCACUGUGGGGCUUUCUGAAAGCCGAAAGGCCUGUCCCUCCUGACCCAGGCGGCUUACACACCAGCUGUCACCCCUCAGCAGGUCCCCAACCUGUGGCAGACCCACAGCUUUGCAGCAGUUUUCACAGCACCAGGGAAGCAGUUCCUACGUCAGAAAUUAGUGCUGAUGGAAGGAGGGGCCGGGGCAGGGCAGUGAAAUCCCCAGCAUGCUGUGGAUUGAGGUUGCAUAUGGGUCCUUGGGCAACCACCUUUCUCCACUUCCUGUCCUUGUGACAUGACCCCAUUUCACCUUUCCAGAGGUUGGGCCUGAAGGUGUUUUUGCUGUGCCAAUAGAAAUAUAAACUUAGGUUCUUAGAGGACAUGGGACUCCAGCAUGGUGCCCAGCCCCUUUGUCCCAUCCAGGUGAAGGGGUGUGGUCGUGGGUGACAUCAUUCAUUGCCUGAUCCUAGCUUAGCCACCUCCAAAAGGGGUCACACACCCCUGUCUCCAUGUGCAGUUCUGGCUGGCUCCACCCCAGCUUCCUCUCAGGUUGGGCCUCCUUCCUUGAGAGGCCUGGCUUCCCACCAAACGAAUCUAGGGACAGCAGGAUCGUUGUUUUCAAGGUCACAAGUGUUUGCUUUCUGGCUGAACAAGAGCUCAUCAGAGUGGAGCGGGACUGUACUGUGGGUCUGUCCCCCCGUGGCCAGCAGACUCGCUCAGCGUGCAGGGGGUGGGUGCUAUGGGCCAGGCCCCACGCUGCCUGCCCUGGCCUCCUCGGUUCAGUUCUUUUACCUCACUGGCUCCGAUGGGCAGGCUUGGAGCCUUGCCUCAUCACCCCUCCUACUCUCAGCAGCCCCUUCCCCUCCGGUGGUCACCUGGUCCCUCCACGGUCUUUGUCCCACUGACUGGGUGUAAGCUGGGCUGCUCUUCUGUCUGGUGGGAGAUUGCCUUUCCCGGGAGAUUCCCUGCUUGCCAUUAAGCUCUUUGCAGUAGGUGAACUGCUGACACCCCCGCCCCCCCCACUCCCUACACUUAGUUUUGCAAAGUGUUCUCUGUGGGACCUGGUUGGGAUGGAGCUGGGAGAGCCCUGAUGUGGCCGCCUCGGGCUCGGUGCCUCAUAUAUUAAGAUUUUCCCCACGUCUGAACAUGGGGAAGGAGAGAGGAGGGCGAGGCUGGAGGAUGGAAGAGCUUGGAAGCUCGACAUGUUUGUACCAUUCAGGAGCUGCCUUGGUCGUGGCCCACUCAGCAGGUCUUUGUGGUUGGAGGGGCUCCAGGAACAGGGAAAAGCGUUAGGAGCUUACCCCCCCACCCCCGCCAGUCCCUCCACAGGGGUCAGCUGCCUGAUUCUCUCCUUCUGAGGACGUGGCUCUCCCGGCUCACAUGUGGGGGCUGUUUCCUUGUCAGGCUUGUGAAAAUCAGCCUUGGAGAAAAAAGGGAACUUUUUUAUACUGAUUGUUGGCUUUGACUCUGUGUGUGUGUGUGUGUGUGUGUGUGUGUGUGUGUGUGUGUGAGUGUGUUUACUUAAUGAAAUUUUAUUUUUGUGAAAUUCCUUUCCAAUUAUGUAGCAGAAUUCACCUUCACCUCCCAGUCAAACUUUUGGUUCCACAGUCGACCGUGGGCGUCGCUGAUUUGAAGAAUUCUCUUCUGCGUUUCUGAACAGACAUGUUGCUCUCAGGAACUGAGCUUGUGCAGGGCUGGGAGAAACUCAAGUUUUAUACGUUUCCAUAGAGUUUCCAUCCUGCAGUUAGAAGGUAGGAAGGGCCCGGCCCUGGGAGACCCGGCCCAGCUGUGUGCUCGCGUGGGAGCCGAGCACAGCCUCCCCCACACCCCUGCCACUCCACACCUGAGCCCUCUCACGGCCCAGACACCACGCUCUUUAAUUGUCCGGGUUCCGUUCCCUGUGCAAUGGGUCGCUUUUUCCUGCUGGGAGCUUCGGUGAUGGUGUCAGGGCUCCUUUAGGGGACAGUUACCCCCGUCUAGGAAAGAAACCCCCGCGGAGUCUGGGCAGCAGAGGCUCCCUCAGGCCCGUGUCGCCCAGAGCACAGCCCUAUCACGCGUGUCGAGAAGCAUGUUUCCACCAGCUGUGUUCAACACUACAAUGCAGUUUGAAAACUACAUUUACAUCCAGAACAAUAAAAAGCCGUAUUUUUUGGAAA